AGUGUGGUAUACAGGGCUAGUGUAGUGCUGGGUGUGGAGCGGUCAGUGUGCUGUGGAGUUUUACGAGUGAGGAUGUUGCUGACUUUCUAUCUUCUCUUCAUUGGGCUUCAUGUCUCUGAAGUCUGCACUUUGGUAAAAAAUGAAAAUGGAUCCUCUAUCAAAGCUCAUGCAGGAGGGUCAGUCCUGCUGCCCUGCUACUGCACUGACCUACACAGGAAACCUGAGACAUUCAUCUGGAAGAAACUCAACACAGUGACAAAAAUGUGGAAAGAGAUAUCCAGUGAGAGUGGUCAGUACAGAGGCAGAGUUCAGCUGGUUAAUGGUCACUCUCCAGCAAAUCUCUCUCUGCUCAUAUCACACCUCACUGUGGAGGAUGGAGGUUAUUACAGGUGUGAUGUUGGAGCAGGUGAACACAUAGACAUCACACUCACUGUUGAAGUCUGCACUUUGGUAAAAAAUGAAAAUGGAUCCUCUAUCAAAGCUCAUGCAGGAGGGUCAGUCCUGCUGCCCUGCUACUGCACUGACCUACACAGGAAACCUGAGACAUUCAUCUGGAAGAAACUCAACACAGUGACAAAAAUGUGGGAAGAGAUAUCCAGUGAGAGCGGUCAGUACAGAGGCAGAAUUCAGCUGGUUAAUGGUCACUCUCCAGGAAAUCUCUCUCUGCUCAUAUCACAACUCACUGUGGAGGAUGGAGGUUAUUACAGGUGUGAUGUUGGAGCAGGUGAACACAUAGACAUCACACUCACUGUUGAAGUUUUAGACCCACCUAAAACUACAACACCUACAGUCCAAACCACUUCCAGCACUUCAACUGCAAGUUACCCACAACCGUCUGAUUAUUGCACUCUGGUGAAAAGAUCACAACUAUUGCAUUUGACAGCAAAAAGAGGAGGGUCAGUACUGCUGCCCUGCUACUGCACUGACCUCCAGACCAAACCUGAGAGAUUCACCUGGAAAAAAUACAACAGAAACACAUUCACAUGGGAAGAGAUAUCCAGUGAGAGCUUUCAGUACAGAUACAGAGUUCAACUUUUUAAUGGUCACUCUCCAGGAAAUCUCUCUCUACUCAUAUCACACCUCACUGAAGAGGAUGGAGGAGAUUACUGGUGUGAUGCUUCAGGAGAACAUAUAAACAUCAGACUCACAUUUGAAGUUUUAGACCCACCUAAAACUACAACACCUACAGUCCAAACCACUUCCAGCACUUCAACUGCAAGUUACCCACAACCGUCUGAUUAUUGCACUCUGGUGAAAAGAUCACAACUAUUGUAUUUGACAGCAAAAAGAGGAGGGUCAGUACUGCUGCCCUGCUACUGCACUGACCUCCAGACCAAACCUGAGAGAUUCACCUGGAAAAAAUACAACAGAAACACAUUCACAUGGGAAGAGGUAUCCAGUGAGAGCUUUCAGUACAGAUACAGAGUUCAACUUUUUAAUGGUCACUCUCCAGGAAAUCUCUCUCUACUCAUAUCACACCUCACUGAAGAGGAUGGAGGAGAUUACUGGUGUGAUGCUUCAAGAGAACAUAUAAACAUCAGACUCACAUUUGAAGUUUUAGACCCACCUAAAACUACAACACCUACAGUCCAAACCACUUCCAGCACUUCAACUGCAAGUUACCCACAACCGUCUGAUUAUUGCACUCUGGUGAAAAGAUCACAACUAUUGCAUUUGACAGCAAAAAGAGGAGGGUUAGUACUGCUGCCCUGCUACUGCACUGACCUCCAGACCAAACCUGAGAGAUUCACCUGGAAAAAAUACAACAGAAACACAUUCACAUGGGAAGAGAUAUCCAGUGAGAGUGGUCAGUACAGAGACAGAGUUCAGCUGGUUAAUGGUCACUCUCCAGGAAAUCUCUCUAUACUCAUAUCAGACCUCACUGAAGAGGAUGGAGGAGAUUACAGGUGUGAUGAUUCUGGAAAACAAUAUAUAAACAUCAGACUCACAUUUCCAGGCUGCACUCUGGUGAACGGAUUACCUCCAGUGCGUUUGCAAGAACAUAGAGGAGGGUCAGUCCUGCUGCCCUGCUACUGCACUGACCUACAGACCAAACCUGAGAGAUUUACCUGGAAAAAAUACAACAGAAACACAUUCACAUGGGACGUGAUAUCCAGUGACAGUGGUCAGUACAGAGACAGAGUUAAGCUGGUUAAUGGUCACUCUCCAGGAAAUCUCUCUCUACUCAUAUCACACCUGACUGAAGAGGAUGGAGGACAUUAUGUGUGUGAUAAUUCUCGAGCACAAUAUAUUAACAUUAUACUCACCAUUCAAGGUGUAGUAGAAUCAAACUGCUUGGGAGGACUCCACAUUUCAGAAUUUGAGCUCAGGACUUUGAUGUAAAUUAAAGAUUCUCAAAAUUAAAAUGCCAUGUAUUAUGCAGGAUAGAUCAUAAAUAAAGGCCUAGCACAUUGGAGCAAGUGCCCUAAAACAAGCUUCCUCAGUAGGGCAUAAGAGAGAAGACAGACACUUUAUAGGGAGUGAGCUCUCACACACACACAGGCUACACUGAUCAUAGAAACACAUUCACACCCAUAGAGCAGUCAUGGUACAGCCAAGUCAUAAACUAAAAUCGUGAGGGAAAUAAAAUAAAUUUUGUCAUGGGAUCAUACGUGCAAAAAUUGCAAAAAUCAUGGUUGACAGCGGCCAGAAAAUCAAUUGGCUAGAUGCACUACCAUUAACCCUAAGGAGGUUACUGCAGGAGUAUAUCAAAUGUCUGACAAAAAUCCACAAAGAAAUAUUCACCCAGGUGAAAGGUGCCACCGAGGGGAGAACCUCCACCAACGAUGACGAACAUCUGAAGGAAGUGCUUCCUGGCGACUGCGUGUACACCAAGACCUUUAAGAGAGGCUGGAGUGAACCAAGACGUGAAGGACCAUUUGAGGUGAUCCUAGCUACGCCCACAGCUGUCAAGGUAAAAGGUCGUAAGGUUUGGAUACAUCUUAACCACUGUUCCAGACCUCCAGAUCUGCUGAGACCUGUGACAUCAGCGGGACCAGAUCAGCAGCAGCCACACAUCACUGAAGACUCAGGAGCAGGGGACCAGGCCGUAGCAGGGCCGAGUGGUGUUUUCGGCCCAUCACAAGGAGCAAUCAGCAGAGCAACACCACCAGAUGAUGAUGACUCUGAGUAACGUAAGUUGAGAGUCUGGCCUACGGUUGGUAAACAGCCCUCCAGACUGACUAUUUUCCUGUCUCACAAUUGAGGUGUGAGCCUAGCGCCGCCUCUACAGAGCAGGAAUUGACACUAUUGAAUACAAUCACAGAUUUAACAAGUGACUUUGACCUAACACCGACCAAACUGACAAAAUGUCGGCUUGGCACCCAUUCCGACAUCCAGGACUCUGUGGACUGAGAGGUACCACAUGUGUGUUAAUGUUAUUGUCUGUCAUCAUUGUGACAAUAAUUUUGUCUGCAACCGUUUCAUACACUGACAAUCCAAAAGAGAUAAUAAACUGCACCGACACGCCCAUGACACAAGACACAUCCGAAUGCAACACAGACCGAGUCUCCAACCCAAAAUUCUUAGUGUACAAAAGACAGAAACGAGCAAUCACGACUUUAGAUUAUUCCUUAGUUCGUCAAACUUGGAAUCUGACUGAUGACAUAGAGUGUGAGUGAUACUGCCCAAUAAAUAGCCAACAUUGGGGUGAGUCGAUACGCUUACCACUUACAGAGGGUCAAUAUAUGGUGCGUCAUGAGUGGACAUUGACCAGGAAUGACGCUAAAAGCUUUCAUCGGUCUAAAAAUUCUGUGGCCUAUCCAGGAUUUUCCAAUUGCACACAAGAACCAAAUUGUAUCAAUCCCGCCUUAGUAGCACCUGCAGGAGAGACUCACUAUGAAUGUGCUAUGGCUGUAGUACUCAUACAUCACAUACAUCAUUUUGGAAGCUCCGAAACUACACAAGACUAUCAUGUCAGAUUCAGAAUUUUGGGAAACGAUGUUUCCAUCACAGACACAAGAGGGAAGUUCCACUCCACCGGACUCCCUAAAAACUCACAGUGCAAUGGCCCAAUGAUACUUACAGUUAGAACAUACUGUGACUCACUCAUGUGUUAUGAGAAAAUUCACCUUAAUCAUUCACGUAGGGCUGUCAUUCACAAAUGGGAAGCUCGAGAACUCUAUGACUUGGGUAUGACUAACACAUCGACACCCAAUAUUGAUCAUGAGGCCAAAAGCGAGGUAGUUACUGUGUAUGCUACUCAAAACAUGUUAUAUCAAUACUUACAAUUCACUGCUCAAACAAGCAUUGCCACAGAUUGCAUAGCAUGUUAUGCAAAGAAAGGAGUUCCAUCCGUCAUUCCAUUGGGAGGACUAACAGAUUGCGUUAACACAAAUGUUUCAUGUCCAUUGCAUUGUCUACUGUGGAGCAUGGAGGUUCAUUUUAAUUCUAAGUGCUCCCAUAAUUGUUCCAUGUUAUACAAGCCUAUUACUUCUCCUCCCCCGAUGGUUCAAGAUGAUGGUUUGCAUUAUCCAUAUUGUUUCUGUCACCAUUAUGAUUACACACAUGUAGGGAUUGCCAAUUGAUGUACACGUAAGAUAAAUGCCACAGGAUGGGAAUUAAAUAAUGACAAACACAUGUUAGACAUAGAUCUCACUGCAGGAACAGUUCCAAUAGCUGACAUGUUUUGGGUUUGUGCAGAUGGUAAACAACUGUCACAAUUUCUAGCUCCUACAUGGAAGGGAUGUUGUGUUCCAAUCACACUUUCUGGCAAAGUUUACUUGUGCCCAUGGACAUUCCUUUAGCUCGAGGUAAAAGGGAUGAUCCUCAAAUUGGCUCAAGGACAAGCACACAGUUUUAGAAAAACCUGCUCUUACAUAUUCCGGUGUUCCAACCGAUAUUCCACUUGAACAUUUGGCAAUGUCUCAUAGCAGUAUUGAAAAUUGGGUUGCAUUCCUUCCAUGGUUUCAAAAUUAUAAGAAUGCUCAGUGGAUCAACUACAUUUGGUACAACCAACAAAGAUUUAUGAAUUACACGAUUGCUGCCAUGGAAGUAUUGGGACAACAACUAGAUGCUACGUCCAGAAUGGCAAUGCAAAACAGGUUUGCUAUUGAUUCCAUGAGAGCCCCAGAUGAUGGUGUGUGUGUUUCGUUUGGUGAUGAGUGUUGCCGAUACAUUCCAAUGCAUACAGCAGAAGAGGGUAAUUUCACAAAAAUUAUGAGACAACUAAAAGAUUUAAGAGAUGAGCAUGUAUCCAACACAAAAGGAGAGGCCCCUGGGGAGGGAUGAUUUAAUUGGAUAUUUUCAGGUCAAUGGAAAGCUAUUUUAAUUAGGCUAGGGAUGGUAUUGUUGAUUUUCCUUGUGAUUUUGUAUGUGUAGGGUUGUUGUGUGGUACCAUUCAUUCGCAGCAUGGUGGAAAAAAUCUUUUCCAACCUUACUGGACAAUACACUAUGAUCCGUGCCAAACUGCCUCUUGAACUACCUGAGACUGUUCGUUUGACCUGUCGCGUUCGACCUAUCCAUAGCAGCCCAUCUUAACUGACCAAGGUGAUGUGCUGGUAACCUCUCCCUUGUGCCAGCAAUGUGCCCUUCUAUGUGGUGUAAUAUCACAAUGGGCAGAAGAAGACAACGCCUGGACAAUCAUUUAUGGACAAUCAUUUAAUCACAACCUUAUCUUACUCUCAUGUUAUUCAUAUGUUAUCCGCAUGUAUUCAUUUUCAUUUUUUCAAUAUGUUAUCCAAAUCUACUCAUUUUCAUCCAUGUAUGUAAUGAUGUAUGUAAAAGUACCAUGUUUGUUUUUUAGAAACAAGGGUUGUUAAGCUUUGCUGCAAUAUUUACACCAUAUACAUAUAUACUCAUAGAGAUCUGUGUCGUAUGAUAGAUGAUAGGAAGCUCUAUUUUGGUUUAAUUGGCAUAUUGUUGUUUAACACUAAAAGACUGGUUUCGGGUGUGAAGAAAAGGCUACAGGCCUGAGCAGUUUGACAUGAGCGUGUGGGCUCGGGUGACUGACAAUUCGGCUGAAGCAUGCCAUCUGCCCCUGAGAAUGGGGAUUGAGUUCUGUGUACGCUAUCCUUGUGAGGACUAGCGUGGGACGAGUGUUUGGCUAAAGCACAUGCUGUGCCAGCCACCCUCCUGACUGACUCUUUAAGUCACCCAGGACAGGAUGUCCAUUACCAGCUAUUCCAAAUUUAUCAUUGCCAUCCUAUUUGGAUUGUGUACUGACAAAUUACUACUAGCUUCCUGUAAUAUCAUACAAUAUAUAGAUUUCUUUCCCUUUUUUGCUGACUUGGGAAGGUAGAUGUAUUUGGCAGGAAUGAUGUAAGAUGUAGUAAACAGUAUUUAGAAACAGAAACCUUUAUCAACAGAAACCUUUAUCAACAGAAACAUUUAUCCAUUAAUCAGUUGAUAGCUACUAUAAGCAUAUAGAAACAAAGAAGAUGUAUGGUUCGCGACUAUUUGUCGCGAAAGGGGGGAAUGAUGUAAAUUAAAGAUACCUAAAAUUAAAAUGCCUUGAAUUAUGCAGGAUAGAUCAUAAAUAAAGGCCUAGCACAUUGGAGCAAGUGCCCUAAAACAAGUUUCCUCAGUAGGGCGUAAGAGAGAAGACAGACACUUUUUAGGGAGUGAGUGAACUUGUGAAUCAUUCAAGGUCAAAAGCAGAGAUGGAAAAGUACCAGCAUGCGCCUGGCAUAAUGUUUUUUUAAAAAAAGGAUUCAGACUAGACUUGGAGAUAAUGGUUCACACAAGACCCUAUAUGAUAGACGUAUGAAGGUCAAUUUGGAUAUAAUAGUGGUUUUAUGAAAUCAGGAGAUGACAAAAAGAGGUGGGGCGAUGUCAGCCCACCUUCACCGAGGGUAUAAAACAUGUGUACAAACUCUGUAUAUUUGUGGGUGUCAUCCGAAGGCCUUUGGAAUACAUUCUCCAUGCUCAAAAGGAAUAAAGAACCUGCACUUCUGAA